UUAGCUAGCUGUGAGUAUCCAUAGUAAUGUAACGGCUGGUGCUUCCCCUUCAGUUAGCUAACGUUAGCUAGCUGUGAGUAUCCAUAGUAAUGUAACGGCUGGUGCUUCCCCUUCAGUUAGCUAACGUUAGCAAGCUGUGAGUAUCCAUAGUAAUGCAACGGCUGGUGUUUCCCCUUCAGUUAGCUAACGUUAGCAAGCUGUGAGUAUCCAUAGUAAUGUAACGGCUGGUGUUUCCCCUUCAGUUAGCUAACGUUAGCUAGCUGUGAGCAAUGUAACGGCCGUGAGCUCCGUGAGGAGGAGCUGUUUCUCAACAGCACGCACGACAACCCCGGAGAGUAAAGGUAGUGUUCAGUGUUAAUGAAGCUGGUCUAAUGUCAACUAAUGUAAACUAACUAAGACGGAGAAAGUAAAGUCUUCAUUUAUUCACCUUUCGGAAACGUCUUCAACGGUCACUUCUAACUACUAUUUUAACACGGUGCGCCGCAGCAACGCCCCGGGGCUGAAAUUAAGCACUCACUAUGUCUGAUGGGGACUAUGAUUACCUCAUCAAAUUCCUAGCCCUCGGUGACUCUGGUGUAGGAAAAACAAGCUUCCUCUACCAAUACACAGAUGGCAAGUUUAACUCCAAGUUCAUCACUACAGUUGGAAUAGACUUCAGAGAAAAAAGAGUGGUAUACAAAUCAACGGGUCCAGAUGGAUCUUCAGGUAGAGGACAGAAGAUCCACAUGCAGCUGUGGGACACUGCAGGGCAGGAGAGGUUUCGGAGUUUGACGACUGCGUUCUUUAGAGAUGCAAUGGGUUUCCUCCUCCUGUUUGACCUCACAAAUGAACAGAGUUUCCUCAACGUCAGAAACUGGAUGAGUCAGUUACAGAUUCACGCAUACUGCGAUAGUCCAGACGUCGUUCUGUGUGGCAACAAAUGUGACCUGUCAGAUCAGAGAGCAGUCAGUGAAGAAGCGGCCCGUGAGCUGGCAGAGAAGUACGGAAUCCCAUACUUUGAGACAAGUGCCGCAAACGGGCAGAACGUCAGCCAGGCCGUGGACGUCCUGCUGGAUCUUAUCAUGAAGAGGAUGGAACGAUGUGUUGACAAGUCCUGGAUACCUGAUGGGACCGUCCGAGCUAAUGGACCCACCAACCCAGACAUCUCAGAGGCCUCUGAUACGAGCAAAUGUGCAUGUUAGAAUGAGCCAUGAUGAGCCAUUUUGGUUACAUAUCUGUGUCCAUAAUAAUGGUGAAAAAAUAGGAAGAUAUCCAAGUUUAACAGUGGAAGUAUAUAUUCCAUGUUAGGUGAAACUUGACAUUAUUUGUGUCCAUAGCCCCACAAAACAGUGCAUUACUGAUAUACUUUCAUUGACAUGCUGUAUUAUUUGUCAGUACAGAGUUCAUUGCCUUUUGACUAUGGGCAUUUCAAUUCACAUAAUGGGUCUUUUGAAUAAUUAAUUCAUACUGGAGUGUGGGAUAGUUAUUUGUUAUGAUGCCUGGCUGAAAUGUCCAACAUAUGUCAUUAGCUGGAUAUGGUGAUUAUAUUUUCAGGUAUAAACUUUGUGCUCCCAAGUCGCAGCGAAGUGAGCUGCCCUGCCAGAUGUGCUAUAAAUAUAUUGUUAAUACUCUUUACUUGCUGUAAGGUUAGCGUAGAUUCACACUGCAGUUAACUCAAGAAAGAAGCCACUUCUAUUUCUCUUGCUACAGUCAGAAAAAUGUUCACUGUGAUACCUGCAGUCAUAAUUUGUUGGCAUAAUUUGCUAUGGAAGUACUUUUAGGAAACUUUAGGUAGCCUGUUAUGUGCUACUGAUGCUCUGCUGAAUGUCCAGCUGCAGUCUCACUGGUGCCACAGCCAGAAGAAAAAUGUUGCUCACAUUGACCAUCCAACGUUAGCUAGAUGGACACCUAACACUCAUAUAUUUUCUUUUCUAAAUCAAUGUUUGUGGUUGUUUGCCUCCAAAACGUGAAUUAUGGAAUACAGUUUGAAUAAGUCAUCUACACUUCAUUAUGUACAGCGACAGGUUUGCAAACGUUGAUGGCCAGUAGUUUGAUAAGAGGAAUAAAUUUGUCAUAAAAAGCAAAAAUAAAAACUGAGCAGUAAUUCAGGUAAUUCAUCCUAAAAAAAUAAAUAGAUAAAUAGAAUUUCAAAUUCUCUUAAUAUAUUUUAAAGAAAGAAAUGUAAAAAGUAGCUCUUGUGCAUAUUUUGACUGUUUGGACAAAAUGUGUUACUAGAUUUAGAUUUACCUUUUAAACUAAAAUAUCUGUUUUGGAUCUAGUGAAGGUGACACAGUUCACUCAGUUGCAUUUUAAUUCAGGGCUUCAGGUUUAAAAAAAAUGACUCCGCAACUAGAGAUGAUUCAAACAACUGCCCAAAAGUUCCCGCUGCCUCCCAAUUAAAUGCAUACACAUUCAAACAAGUAUUGUCUCUAAUGACACAAUUUGAGAUUGUGGAAAUGAAGUUCCAUCUUCAGUCUUGAAAUAGUUUAAUGACUCUCUCCUUUGCAGCUCCCACAGACAGAGUCAAACUUUGUAAACAUUAAGUAACACCAGCUGUAGUAAGGCUGACCUUCCCUGGAUUCAGUCUCCUGUAUUGCUCAUUUUUAUCAUUAUUCACUUGUAAUGAUGCCUACAGCUUUGCAUUAUACAUGUUUUAAAGUAUACAGGAUUUUCCUUAGCAGAGAUCCCAGAUACUCACACCUUCUGCCCAGGCCCACAGUGUUUUAUAGUGGAGGUGGUGGGCCAACUCGCCUGAAGCAACAACCAUCGCUGCGACCAUCAUAAACAAUGAAUUUUAUAAUUUUUUUAUGAAAUCAUAUAUUAAUCUUCAGGGGAAGUGAGCAGAGAUGAUAUUUCAAACAGUUCAUUCUAUAUUUUUAAUAGUGUGGCUAUUGUUUAGGCCGUUAUCUAUUGAUUCAAUUUAUCAUACGACAAGAUGCAUCAGGAUCUGUGUGGCUUAUCGUCUCAGCUAAACAAACAAAGAUACCCUGUAUUCAAGUAUUCCCUAGUCUUCAGUACAUUAUAGCAUGGAAAGUGUUAACUAGGCAAGUUUUAUAAGUAAGGCAUUAAAAUCCUAAUGCUCACCCUUUCAGAUCAGUUUAUAAUACCACUGAUAUUUUAUAUUUUACAAAAAUUAAGAGUAUUUACGCUUAGUAAAACACUGAAAUGCUAUUGUGAGGAUUUUUUAUUUUGAAGUUUUAGUUAAGACACAAUUAUAUUUUUCCACUCACUGUUUUAAUCUACAGAUUUUUUUUCACUAAAAUUUAAUUUGAUUAUAUUAGUAAGACUAAAUGGAAAUAUUUCAUAUUUUCAAGUGUGCCAUACAGUUUCAUAUGCAACACAUGUAAAUUAUGUCCAAAAAUAAAAACAUUUAUUUAUGUA